AACAAGUAAAAGAUGAAAUGAGACUAAAACGGUUGAGAAGUUUAGAUUCUAUCCGCCAGUUGAAUUCGUCAAAUAGCUAUACAUGGUCAAACAGAUUGCCACUUUGAAUACUUCUUCCUCUUUGGCAACCUAAAACGCCGCCACUACUUCACCUCAUUUCACCUCCUUUUCCUCCUCCCUAUAAUAUUCUCCCACUUCCUCCUCAACUUCCAAUUUAGUUUUUGUUUUUCACUUCUGGGUUUCUCCUCCGAUCAACAAGUUUAAACCUUUUUCUAAUUCUUGAUCAAAUUAAAGAUGAGCGAUAACAAAUUGGAUGAUCCAGGUGUCAUGGAGGUCACCGGAAGAGUCUUGAUUGCCACCAUCAUAGCUUUGUUCGUCGUCCUCAUUCUUGUUUUCUUAUUCCAUAUCUACGCCAGGUGGUUAUGGCACCGCCGUCAACGGGCUAUAGACGCCCACACCAACCGCCAUCGCCAAGAUCAGCACUCCGGCGUCACUGUCCUCCGCCGUGGCCUCGAUGCUUCCUUCCUCAAUACUUUACCGGUUAUACUAUUCGAGGCAAAAGACUUCAAAAACGGGUUGGAAUGUUCGGUUUGCUUAUCCGAAAUCAUGGAAGGAGAAAAAACUCGAAUUUUGCCUAAAUGCAAUCAUGCGUUUCAUGCGGAAUGCAUUGAUAUGUGGUUUCAUUCACAUUCAACUUGCCCUAUCUGCAGAAACCCAGUUCAAGAACAAACCGAAGUUUCGGUGGAAAGUUUACUUGAGAAUCAUCAAACACAAGAACAAUCGACAAACAGUGGGGAUUCAAACUCACACACUUUCCCCGCAAAUAUGUUGUUUUGGGGUGACGAAACGGAAGUAAGCACUUUGACUUCUCAACUGGAAGAAGCGACUAAUCAGCAUCAAGCUCCUAUUUUACCUUUCGAGCCACCUUCAUCUUCUUCUUCAUCAUCAUCAUCGUCGCAGAAAAAUAAUGAUAGAGGGAAACCAGAUUUGGUAAUUGAUAUACCAAGGCAGGUGGUUAGUGAGGAUGAUGAUGAGAAAACUCCAGUGUUUUCUGGAAUGAGGUCAUUGAGGAGAAUUUUGAGCAGCAGUAGAAGGUUUAAUCCUUUUAGCCCUGGUAAUAACAAUGGCGACGGAGGUCAAAGUUAACCGGUUUGUUCAUUUUAUGUUAAUGGAUGUGACAAGAGGCACCGCCGGCGGGGCCGCGGGGCUGCUGGCUGAGUUUGGAGACAUAAGACAUUGUCCCAAAAAUUUGUUUAUUUUUUUGAUUUAAUUUGUCAUUUGUCAAUUAUGUAUAGAACAAUUGAGUAAAUAUAAAUGUUUGCUUAGAAACA